AAGGAAGAUAGAGAGCGAGGGUGAGAGUAAGGGAAAGAGAGAGAGAGAGAGAGAGAAGGAUAUAAAAGGAGAGGGGGUGAGUGAGAGGGCUGGGCGAGCGGGUGGGAAAGGCGAGCGAGAGAGACUACUCGAGGCAGGCGGGCGUAUUGAUUCCCGCGUGGCGUUAUACGGCGAGGUGAGAAAGCUGCGAGCGGAAGAUUCCUCCUGCUUCCUUCGCCGACAAGGAGAAACGGCAAGAGAAGAGAAAGAGAGAACAAAAGUAUCUCGUAAUUGGAAUCAAUCGAGUGGGCUAGUUGCACCGAGGAAUACGUACGAUCGCCGACUCUCUUACAAGAUUCUCCGGAAGGAGAAGAGAGCUUGACACGUGGACAAGAAUGAAAGAAUCUGUGAAACACUGGUCGUGCAGCGACACGUCGGUCCUUCACGCGAGAAAUGCUUUUUAGAAGGAAGAGGGCAUGACGCACCGAACUCAUGCAGUGGCGAAAACACGUGCGCAUCAAGUACGGUGGUCGAGUCGGUGUCGGUCAAGGACAGCAGGAUCGGGAUCAGGUGCAGCUGCAGGUGCGCGUGGUGCAGCUGCAGCGGGAACGGGGCGCACGACUCAGCUACGUCUGUCAUCAGCCUCAACUCUCGUCUACGGCUCGCCGCGAUUGCAGUGCAGCAGCCAUGCUCUGCUGCGGCCGGAGGAAAGAGGGCCGGGGGGAAGUGACAGACAUAAGCGCAAGUCCUGGGAGGCAAGCUCCUACCAACCAGUUGCGCCCCAAGGAACCACCAUCUUUGGUCAUCCAGGGAGACUUCCGAAAAAUAAGCGGGAUCAGUUCGGACAUCUUCAAGCAGAUCGAAACGGUCGAGAACGAUCAUGACGCCUCGACGGCAGCGGCCCUCGAAGCUGUUGAACGAAGGGGUGACAUGGUCGUUCGCGUCAUCGAGCCCCGACAAAUGGGCAGACAAGUGUCCGAAGCGGCAAAGAAAUUUAUCGCGAUGCAGGAUCCUAAACACCCCAUCCACCUCGUCGAGAUAAUUAAAAGGCCGGGACAGACGCUUGGCUUAUAUAUACGCGAAGGUAAUGGCGUGGACAGAAACGACGGCGUCUUCAUCUCAAGGAUAGCAUUGGAAACGGCCGUCUAUAACAGCGGCUGCUUGAAGGUAGGCGACGAGAUCCUCGCGGUAAAUUUAGUGGACGUGACGCACAUGAGCCUAGACGACGUCGUCAUCAUUAUGUCGAUACCAAGGAGGCUCAUUCUCUCGACCCGACACGGUCCCCAUCAAGCUGUCUCUCACAGUCGUCAGGCCGAGCACAAAGCACCGCCGGUCGUAGUGAUCAAGAGGGAACUGAACGAAGACGAGAGCGACCACGCUACGAGCAAUCAUGUCAGAGAUAGCAGUCGCAGACGAGGCGACGGACGGGAAAUGUUGCCCUCCCGAUCGCAACUAGGCCUUACGGGUUUGGGAUCGAGUCAAGAUUUGGGUUCCAGUAACGGCGAUCUUUAUUACAAUUCGAGACCGGAAGGACACUGGUCUUAUCAACCGCCACCACCGCCGGUUAUCACCCAUCAACCGAAACCUGCCACCGCGCAACAUUUUCAACCUUACGAGCGUGGAUAUCCGAAGACUUUGGAAAGUCUGGCCGAGAAAGUACACUCCUUCUAUACCGGGCCAGUGAUGCCCUCGAACGAUGGACGUCGAAUGUCCACCGGUGGCGGAAUGCAAUCGGUCGCGGGAAGAUUGUCAGGGCAGAGCCAGUCCUCUCAUUACGGUUACUCUCAGCACACCGGAAGUGGAAGGAUCAUUCCAAGAAGCGGUUCGGAUCAACACCUGCCGCGCGUCGAUUACACGAGCAUAACGAUGCCGGCUCGUCACACUCUUCUAAGAUCGAGCUUAAAAUCUGGAACGUCGGCAUUGCGAUACAACACCAGAUACGGGACCCAAGCCGACACGCCAUCGAUCACACCGAGACGAAAUCCAGUUGGUACCUUGACCAGGAGACACAGACCAUCCUUGGAUUAUGCUUCCGAUACCGAGGCCACGUGUUCGAGUUCACCGAAAUCUGCCUACUACUAUUACAGACACAAUAUGAAUAAUCCACCAUCGAGCAGCGCCGUCUCGCACCUUGCCACCCUUUCGAGGUCGCAAAUUGGUCAGGGUAUGGCGGGAUUGAGAUCGAACUCUUUGCCGCGGAGUGGUAGAACGUUGCCGCAACAGCCAGGCAUCAGGUCGGGUCUCAGUACGGUGGCAUCAGGAUUGAUCGAUCAGGAAGACAGCGACGGUGCUUUGUCGGCCCCGGAAUUGCCUUCGAUUAGACGGGAUAGGGGUAGGAUACCGUCGUCGCCCAGCGUAUUCACUUCCGACGAAUAUCGAGCGUGGUUGAGCAGAACGCCUAGCACGAGCGCACUGUACGAGCAGAUCAGGGCCACCACGAACCGACCACCGCGUUAUACCUAUAGCGCUGAAAAUAUUCACGCGGCGGCCAGUCAAGGCGAUUAUGGUAGUUACGGGGCAUACAGACCACUCUCUAGUACCUUGGAUCGGCUCUCGACGAGAUCUGCCUCGGCACAACAAGUUAAUUUGGCGAAUUUAAGAGCGUCGACGGCUAUUAGUUCGACGUGUCAUCGGGGUACAGGCAAUCCUAGGCCGGCAUCGGUGGCUACAAGCGCACGUUCCUCCUUGGCAAGUCAAAAACCGUCGUUAGGAAGCUCGGCGAGUCAAAGGGCGACGUCAGUUAGAAGAAUUAGAAACUUAUUAGACCUCGAAUCCACGAGAAGUAUACCGACCCCCACACCUACCAGAACUCAGGAUCAAAGACUGCUAGAUAUUAAUCCUGCAGAGUUCCUCAAGUAUAAGAUAGAAAAGCCACCGACAGUGGGUACUCCGAGUUCGACCAGUUCCCUCUUGAGUUCGCUCGGGGAGACCAGCGGUGGUGAUCUGGCAGGUGGGGUCAGUGGAUUGCUCUGGGUACACCUGUUAGCGGGUCGCGGCCUUCGUUCGACUACAACCUCCUCGGCAGCAACUACGCCCUCGACGCCAUCGGGUCAGCCUAAUUUAGCUAGUUGUGGCCUGAGAGACUUAUAUUGCGUACUGGAGUGCGACAGAGUGCACAAAGCACGGACCGUCGUGCGAACGGGCGAUUUGAUGUUCGAUUGGGACGAAACCUUCGAGCUGGAUCUCGUAGGAAAUCGGCAGCUGGAUCUGCUCGUAUAUUCUUGGGACCCACAAUAUCGGCACAAACUCUGUUAUAAAGGAUCCGUACACUUGGCGACUUUGCUCAAGGAAGCGGCGGUGCAUCAGUUGGCGGUUAAAGUCGAACCUCGAGGUACAAUCUAUUUAAGACUGCGAUAUACCGACGCCCAGCAGACUUUUAGACGCAGGGGAUUACCAGUUAUAUCCCUCGCUACCAGAGUAGCGCCUUUGUUCGGAGUUGAUCUCGAUACCGUUGUUAGUCGAGAGUCAAAGACUGGAGGAGUUCCCGGUGGUGUUUCCACGGCACUAGCAAUGGGAGUUCCAAAUGUACCGAUAAUAGUUUGGCGAUGCGUCGAGGAGGUUGAAAGGAGAGGCUUGGAUAUUAUAGGCUUGUAUAGACUUUGUGGCUCGGCAACUAAAAAGAGGAUAUUGAGAGAAGCUUUCGAACGAAACGCACGAUCGGUCAAUCUGUCGCCCGACAAUGUACCAGACAUAAACGUUAUCACGGGCGUACUGAAAGAUUAUUUGCGUGAACUUCCGGAACCCCUCUUUACUAAAUGUCUCUAUCAAAUGAUGGUCGAUGCGCUAGCCGUUUGUUUGCCCGACGACCCACAAGGCAAUGCUAAACUUAUGUUCAGUAUAUUGGAUUGUUUACCUAAAGUUAACAGAUGUACGUUGAUUUACUUAUUGGACCAUUUGGCAAUGGUCGUUUCUCAAUGCAACAAAAUGUCACCAGCGAGUUUGGCCGUUUGUUUUGGACCAGUACUCAUGUUACAUUCGGAAGAAGGUGGUCCUCCGUUGGAUUUCCAACAGCCGAUCGCUGUAUUGAAAUAUCUUUUGGAAAUAUGGCCAAUUAAGUCAGUUCGGAAGACUUCUUCAGUCGGUUCAGCGCUUCCUCGAGUUACGCCAGCAAUCGAGCACAGCAACAGUCAGCAGCAAGUGGAGCAGCAGCAUCAUCAUCAACAGCAGCAGCAGCAGCAGCAGCAGCAGCAGGUUCAGCAACAGGUACAACAACAGGUACAGGGAACAUUGGGACGAACAGGGCUGCUUUGGCAGCAGCCACCCUCACUUCAUCGUCCACCCCAAACUACAGCAGCCGAAGCCCUCGCACCCUCCAUUCGUCCGCCUCCGCCGCCGCCAAUCAAGCCUCGACAGGUGAUAGUCUCGUCUCCCGGUUCACCUAGCAGCGAGGAGUCGGAAGCCUCGCCGGAGCCGAUUGACAAGAGCCUCCUGGGGGGUUUGGGAUUUGAGAAGGUCGGGGAAACUGCUGCAACGACGGCUGGCUCGAGCGUUGGCUCGAUCAUAGCGGGUGCGGGUGCGGGUUCGGGUGUGGGCGCGGGCGCGAGGGCGAUCGCGACCGAACAAAUGACGCCUACGAGCAGCGUCGACACGGAGGAGACCCGUAUCUUGGAAGAGCCCGAGAAAGGUGUCGAAGGAGACGUCGAGGCAAGCGACGAGGAUCGCCAUCAGCAACAGCAACAGCGACAACAACAGCAACAGCAACAACAACUUCCGAAAACGAGCCAUUAAUCAGGGGUGGUUGCGAGCGGAAACCAUCGAACGUUGACGAGAUGCGUCGCGCAGUGAGUAAACGGAAUGAGCGCGAGUGAGAACCAUGCUUCGUUCGAGCAAAUGAUAGACUAGCCGUAUAAAUAGAACACAAAUAAAAUAACACCGUGCUCGUAACGGAUCUCUGUCGAUGUUUUCUGGCCUUUUUAUUCGCGAGUUCGACGGUUUCGACCAUUUCGACGAUCGUCUUUCCCUCGUCGACGAUCUUUCCAACUGAUCUCGUCGCACGUUGCCUCAGAAAUUUCUCUCGGCGGGGAAUGUUAAAAGUAUCCUCUUUCCGUUGGAUCUAUUUUUCGUUUCCGGUUAAAUUAACAAGAGCUGCAUCUUACUCGUUGUAUGAUUUAUCGCCGAUAUGUGCAGAGUGGGGGAGAGGGAGAGAGUACCACUUUCGACAACCACUCAAAAUAAAUGCAUAGAUUUCUAUUUGGAUAGACAAACUCGCGAGCGCGGCGCAUUCCAUUGAAGAAUCCCUUUCAUAAUUUCGAACGAUUAGAAAGGCACGUGCGAUGUAACAACGCGACUCGCCUGCGUCUUUGAUCGAUCGUACCGAUCGACGACCGCGAUUUAACGUGCCGAGUCAGCUAUCGAUCUCUCGAUACUAUCGACGUAGAAUAUAAUUGUUCGGUAUUGCAUCUGUGCUUACGAACUUGGUAAUUCCAAGGCGAGUUAGAAACCGUACAACAGAUCGUUACCACUUUGUUGGAUAGUUUUCAUAUUUUGAUAUUUAUAUCGUUUAUUCGAUAACGUAACGAGGUCCCGCUUGAUAUCGAGCAGUUUUGGGUUAAAAGCAUCGAUCGAGCCACGAUACGGAGGACGGUCGUAGGCGAUUGUCAAAGCAAUUAGAAACGUUAACGCAAACCGAUAGGACCAUAGCGAAUAUUCUUUCCCAACUAGAACCGACGUUCCUAACUUUACUCGAGAUUCGUGCAGCUUCGUGAUCUCGCCGUUGUAACGAUAAAUAGACAAAUGACAAAUGAAAAUAUUUCGAGCGAGAGUGAGAAGCUUUUAAAGCACGCCUAUCGAUAUAAAAAAGAAAAGCGAUAAACUAGAAAUAAGAGGAGGCAAAGAAAGAGUUUAAACGUUAAAAACGGAUUUAUUUCCAGUUAGAAAGGUCUACUCUUUCUUUUCUUAUUCCUGUAUAUCUGUAUAUUUUUUUUUUUCGUUUUUAUAAUCUUGAUCGAAUGACAGCGCUGUCUUGGAGACAGAAAACAAGAGUACUCGACGAUAGGAGUUACAGAAAAGGGAUCGUCGAAAGGCAAUUCGAUGGAUAUUUUGCUCCGAUAGAACAAUGUAAAAAGAGAAAAAUUAACGAUUUACAAAACUUUGCAGCGAGCCUUGAUAAAGAUACAAGCUGCUAUUAUACGCAACCGGUGGUUUCUUCUUUGUCGAGCGAAAUCUUUCCGUAUCGUUCGUGUAUGAAAACAAAUUCGCGUCGACAACAACGAGUUCGAUAAAGCACGAAAGAAAUGAUUAACAAAUGCGAGAUAACACAAACCUUUCCCACUCCAGCCACACCAUUACGAUAAGCGUAUACGCGUAUAGAUCCAGGCAUACAGAUCCUCCCAUUCCACACACACACACACACACACACACUCUGCAAACACCCGAGAGAAAAGCGUAAGCAGAAAGAAAUAAUACAACGUGACAUACAUAAUGGUCGGUUUAUAUACAAUAUACUAUUAUACACAUGUUAUAUAUACAUAUGUAGACUAGUCACGAUAUACAUGUGCUUUUGAUAAAAGAUUAUUACUUGUAGCGUUAGUUAGCCCUCGUAUACAAACAAAAAACAGACAACUACUAACGGUAUACAUCAUUGAAUCUAUAUGUACUAUGUAUAAAUAUAUAGUAUUUAUAUAGAUCUCUAUAAAUAUAUGCAUAUAUACAGAUCUAUAUCUAUAUCUAUAAAUAUGUGUCUGUGCGUGUGCGUGCGUGCGUGCGUGCGUGCGUGCGCGUGUGUAUAUAUAUUUAUUUAUAUAUAGUACAUGUACAUGUUAUACAUAAGAAAAAUAAUAUUAUACAUACCAGAAUACAUAUAAAAAGGGCCGCUACAGAGAUAUCGAAAGAAUCGCGAACGCAUGCUAUGUCGAUGAAAAAAUUGCAAAAUAAAAAUAUGAAAGAAUCAGCCAAAACAUGCGGGAAUGCGCCUGCAUCGCACAGGUAUACACCACCAUCGAUAACAUCGCGACGCGUUCUAUGCAAAUGUUGACGAUAGAUAAUGGAAUACGAAGAAGGGCGGUGCGUCAUGUGUGAGAACUCACUGAAAAAACGAUAAUAAUUACGAGUAAAGCGCUACGAUUAAAUAAUAUUUACAUAUAUACAUACAUACAUAUAUACAUAUAUACAUAUGCAUAUAUAUAUAUAUAUAAAUAUAUAUAUAUAAUUUUAAACAUAAAAGAAGAAACAAUAGCCAGUAUUAUCGUUCAUCUAAAAUUGUAAAACUAUAAAAAAGGGGCAAGUAGAGCGAAAAAGAGAGCGAGCGAGAGAGAGAGAGAGAGAGAGAGAGAGAGAGUGAACGGGUGACCGGGUGAGCGGCUGAAUGACAGAUAGAUAACAAGAUAAAAAGUAUCUCUAAAAUGAAACUAUACGACAUCGUAAAUUGCGAAUAAUAUGAUAUUAUCGAUAGUCGCGAUACGUGGGAUGCGCGAAAGAUCCGGAACGAGGACACGAACGAUCGAGGAUCGAAAAUAAGAAUAAAAAAUAAAGAAAGAAUAAGUUAAAACUUCCUACGCGUUAAACGUUAUGUAAUAUUAUAGCUGAUAUCUUAGCUUCGCUCGUUACGUGUCCGGGAUAAAGCACUGAGAUAUAUUAUGUAUAAACGUAAACACACGGAGAUACAGAGGACACAUCGACCCCCAUCACCGUACACAGACGCGACACAUCGUGUAUCCGUUCUGUUUUUCCCGCACAGGUAAUUUUACAACGCGAUCGCGACGAUCGCGAUAGUAGAGAGGACGACAAAGUUGUUUGACACGAAGACUAUUCGUCGCAAAAACAUUGUAUAGGCUGAGUAUAUCGUAAAAUCGCAUAAAUUUAGUCGUAUCGACAGUCGCCCUUUCAAUCCCUUAACCCAAGAGCCCCGCGCAGAAAAUGCCCAGCCCUCGUCCGAUCGUAUAUGACUGCCUAUCGUUUUUUCUACGUGCGUGAGCGAGGAAAUGCCGGGUACCGGACAUUUUUGACUGCUUCAUGUUUCAUCGAUAGUUCGAGGAGAGAAGGAAUUGCCAUCGUAUUUAGAUUCUCCGUAAUGGGUAUGUAGUACUUAUUCGUAUCUUCGGAAAUUGAUUAUCCGACGACAUCGAUUUGUUUUUCUUUUUUUUUUUUUUCUUUUUUAUCGUAGAAUCGAUUUUACGAAGCAGAAUCGGCUUUGCGUCGCUCCGGAGGAGGUCCCUCUCCCUUUUUAGCGUCUAACGCGUCGUUCGUUUGAAAAUCGUUAUAUCGUAUAGCUAGAUCGUUAAGUACUCCUCGUUCGGGACAUAGGAAUUGAUAAUUCUGAAUUUUGCGGUAUUUAAUGACGUCGAAGACGGCGACGACCACUCGAAACAAUCGAAGAAAUGAAAAAUCAAGAAAGCAAUUCUUUCUUCAUCGCUACCUAUAUAAAGGAUCGACGCGCGAGAUUAUCUUGGCCGACCGUUGAACGACUGUCGCGACGCGCAACGUGAAGACGUACGGUGAUCAAACGAAAAUAUCAUUUUCUAUUGAUUUCAUAAGCGAUGCCGUAGAAAAUAUUUCCCAUUAUUUUCUACGGUCUGACCCGUUAAAACCGAUUAUCUUUAUUACUUGGAGCAGAACGAUUGCUUUUCGAUCCUCCUCGUUUUUCUUUCCCACCGGUGAUUUAAAUCAAAGAUUUCACGGGUCGGUCCAUUUUCGACGGAUAAUUCCGUCUAGUUUGAUCGAAGUGCCCUUUAUAUCGGUAUAUUAAACGAUGCGAUCGAUCGAACGACCGUUGCUCUCUAAAAAUGGUAUCCAGCGUUCCUCGCCGUCCUGACUUUAGUAAUAAAGUAAAUAAUUCGAAUGUAAGGUCGGAGAGAGAGAGAGAGAGAGAGAGAGAGAGAGAGAGAGAGAGAGAGAGAGAGCGAGAGAGAGAGAGAGAGAGAGCGAGUAAUAUUAAUUAUUAUACGUGAAAGCACACUGCCGUAAUUUUAUAUAUAACUUGACUGUUGUUAUAUCUAAUACCUUCGUAUAUACUGAUUAAAAUUUAAGGAGGCCCGAUACGCGUCGCUCGACGGGAUCUAGGAUAUGGCUAGUGGCUCGUAGAUCGACCGUUGAAAAUCGCUUGACCGUCGAUACGACCGCUCGUGUCUGCGGGAGAAAAGAAAAGAAAAGAAAAGAAAGAAAAAAAAGAAAAAAGAAGAAAAAAAAGGAAAAAAGGAAAAAACGAAAAAAAGAUGGAACGUGAUUUCUCCUCUUUCUUAUUCACUUCGAACUAUCGUAACUUUAACCGAAGAAAACUUUGAUCUCGAUCUACGAAUCGUCACAAACUGGAUUAGAAAAAUAAAUAAAGGAAACAGAGAAAUUCCUUCGAGAGUCGUCGUAUCGUUUGUAAAAAUAACCCGUUGGUCUUCACCCCUUUAACACGGAAUCGGUGUACGGGGCUCGUACUCUUCAUCGUACUUUUCAUUGCUGCGUUCUUUCCUCCGUCUGUACGUACUCGCAUCCGCGUUUUUUCCAUUCUCCGACUUUGUUUCUUUACCUUUACGAGACGAAUCGUCGAGCGAGAGGACUCUCUGCCUUUUUCAGAAACGACGAACAACUUUUGACGACGAAUCGAGUCGAACGGGUGUUUCCGGGACGAGUGCGAAACGGGAUUAGGAAAAGAAAAUAGAACGGAAGAAAGAAGGGAACUUCUCGUAACACUAAUAAUAACGUAUUAACUAUAAAGCUUUAUCGUACAAAGAAAUAUCGUCGAUCGCUGCGUAUUCACAACGAAGGAAGUAUGUACUUACUUACUUAAUUAAUUGAUUGAUUAAUUAUCGUGCUAUUAGUUUCGAGACGAGUAAGAAACACGUAUUGCGUAUUCGAGAGUCACGCGUUUUAUCGUCGCAUACGUUCGUUCUUCUGUAUUAAAGAAUACCUCUUCGAGAUUAAAGAAAGACAUGCAAUCAAGGGCGGAGAAAUAUAGAGGAUUAAUAGAAAAAGAAAUAAAUACGUACAUAGAGGCGAGGUGAAUUCUUCUGAAAUAAACGAGCGAGCAUGCUAUCGUUGCAAAGAGCAUAUAUUCGCAAAGAAAAUGAAAGAGUUUGGCGUUAAUAUGCUUGCACUAUUAACUCGAUCACCUUGUGCGCGAUCGCACAAACGGUGCAUCCCUUUGGAUGAAUCCGCGUUAAAGUGACGCGAAGGCUUGGUUUCCUGACUGGCUGCUUGCGUCUAUAACUUACGUGUAUACCAGAGCUUCUUUUUCUUACUAACGUACUAUUCCAAUAUUCUAUUCUAGGCACGAAGGUACGCAACAUACGUGCCUACUGAUUUUUUUACGUCUCUUUUUUAUACCGUUAUACAAAAUUUCAUUCGCGUUCUACUAUACUCGUAUAAUAGAAAUGAAAGGCACAUUAACACGAUCGAUAUCGUACAAGAAAUCCGAGUUGGUCGGAAGGGCACAAAUGAAACGAGAGACUGCUCGUUAAAUCGCUAACUUUCGUAUCUAAUCGUUAUCCAUUUCAUUAGAUCCUCAUUGAGACUUCGAUGCAACCAUAUUACACUGCGUAAGCGAACGCGAAAGCGUACAUACAUACAUACACACACUAUCGCACACGCAAAGAUACGCGGUCCAGCAUUACAUUUGCUCUCUAUUUUUAUAUCGUUACAUUGUUCAACGAGUGUUCAAAUACAGUCACGAAGCCAGGCUUUUGGCGCCGUCGAGUUUUAUGACUAUAUAACUUAUACAUACCUAUUCGAUGGACCAUAUUUGUCAUAUUGAAAACUUUCUAAGCAAAAAAAAAUUAAGCGAGAGAGAGAGAGGGGGGGAGGGAGGGAGGGAGGGAGAGAGAGGAACAAAGAGUUUUGCAAUGAUUAUUCUAUAAGUUAGAAUCGAGACGUAUAGGUUAACGGCGCGAGAUAGAUACUUCUUCCGCGCGCUGGUUCAGCAAAUAUUUCAUAUGUAAACGAUUAUAAUUGUACGAAACUUUGACGUUUAUAUACCGUACGUAUAGUUUAAAUCCUUUUCUAAAGACGAUCGGAAUCGUCACGACGUUUCUGUCAGACCGUAUAUCGAGAUACGCGAUCGACAUUUCUUAAUCGACCGAAAGAACGUUGCGCAAAAGGAUAUGGGACACUUCGUAAACUUGACAAAUAUACCUGUUACGAUUAUCUUAUAAGUAGCAGAUCUAUUAAGUAGAAGACCAAACGUAAAAGGAUGUUUAUAUCGUUCGAAUGUUUUUUCAACGGUCGUACAAUCAAUCGAAAUAACGGAACAUUACUCGUAUUCGAUCUUACUGCUGUUUGUAAGGUCCCUUCAAAACUUCGAGGCGAUUCUUGUCUAGCUUAUCGUUGGCUAUGAUUUACGUUGUUCUUCCAUCAUUCUUCCGAAAAUCGAAGAAUACGAAGAAAUUUCAAGCAUACGCAAACGAACGAGAAAAUUCGCGAGUCGAAUUCCUCGAGUCAUCGAACGCGACGAUCGUAGAUUAGCUAUUCGCCAAAACAAACCAAAAUAAUAUCUUUACCUCUGAUCCCUUUCGAUGACCCUAGACAGAUGAUACAAGCACACGGUAGACUUACGAUUAUAUAUGUAUAUAGGUAUAUGUAAAAGGUCAGAGACAUUAUUAUUAGGUAAAUCAAAUCUCGUCACGAAGAUUUAGUAAAAGAGAGAAAAUAAGAAAAGAACUCUUGUAAGUUUAGAGUUUCGAGCAACAUUUUCGAGGAUUUCUAAACGGAGGAUGGCUGGCUUAUUUCUCGAAACUCGUUGCUAAAUUAUUCCGAGCGACCAACUAAACACACAUAUGCACGCACGCACGCACGCACGCACGCACGCACGCACGCACGCAAGCACGCACGCACACGUGCACGCACACGUACACGCACACGCACACGCACACGCACACGCACGCUCACACGUACACGCGCACACAUUUGUACAUAGUUAAAAAACAAUAAUAGGAAAGAACUAUAAUUAACGAGUUAUACGCGGUCGAGUAGGAAACAAAUUUGAAAAUGAAAGAAAAGGAAAAGUGAAACGCGUUUAGAAUGAAUGUUCGCGAAAGAAGUCAGCUUGUAAAUAAGAAAUAUGCACCUCGUUCAUCCUGCUACUUACAAAGGAACAUAUUUAAAAGGAUCUCCUUUUUCGUUCGAUCACCUAUGCGAAAGCACCUUGUGUUUUCUCUCGCGUCGAUCGAAAUGCGAUAUAAAUUUAAAGCGAUGAAAUACAAGCGAAUAUGUUCCAUUGUCAGUACUGUAAUCGUGUAUCGAUGCCGAUUUAACGUCGAUACACGCAUCGAUCUACACGAGUGUUCGCACAUAUCUCCCGCAUGAGUUUUAAUAAUGCGACUGAACAUCGGCCAGCCCGAUCUUUUCAAAGUAAACGUUUCGGCUAUUAUUGAAUCGUUCCGUUGCGUUUAUCGUAUCGCGUUGUUAUGCCUUUACGCGCGGACUAUUUUGAACUCGCCCAAAUUAUUAAAAAAGAUCGAGCUACAUCACCAAUCAGAUCUGGCUUACCCGUGUUCUUAUUCGAGCCGAUACGAUUCAUCUCCCUUUUGUUUUUCUAUCCGCCUGUCGAUUCAUUCCUGUACGUUAAUUGGCCGUAUCGUACGACCGUUAUCCGCGUAUCUCCAAAGUUUAAAGCCAUUUUUACGUACGUUGUUUCGCGCGAUAACAGCGUCAAUCGAGUCAAGUCGAGCUAAUUAAUACUCGUGCUAGUUUAAUCGCCGUCGUACAUCGAGAGCGGGACAUAAUAGAUAAGUCAUCGAUGCUUUCAUACACAAAGCCAUGAUCCUACAUAUCACGGAGGAAUUACAGGUGGAAGCGAGGAAGACAGGCCUACGAAGAAAAUUCUUUAACCCGAUAGCGGUGCAAAUUUCGCGAUAGAAGAUUUCGCGAGGAAGAAAAAAGAAAAAAAGAAAAAAAAAGGAAAAGGAAAAAAAAGAAAAGGAAAAAAAAAGAAAGCGCGCGAGAAUAAAAGUUAAAAAAAGAUCCGACAGGCCUCCUAUAACUUUAGUAACGCGUAAAGAAACGAGUAACGUUUCGAAAUAGUCAGGAUAAAUAAAAGACACGCUUGUAGAAUUAGUCGUAGUUUCGACAUAAUACCCAUGAUAAUCCGGAAAAACGCAUAUCGGUAUUCCGCGUCGCGUCGGAUCAAAAUCUCUUUUUUUGCGCCUCGUAUUCAUUUACUUAGACGAUAGAACUGUCGUUCGCUUAUCAUUUUCGAACGUUUAUAAUUGACACGCUUCGAGACCGUCUCGUUAAAACGGUACGUUACUAUUUCAUACUCAAUUAUCGGCUUAUCCGUGCUACGUACGAUUUCGAUUUCAAUACUACGGCUUAUAGUUUAGAUUAUAGCUAUUAUUUUGGAAUAAAAGACCGUUGAUUAUUCGUUGAUGGUUGGAAAAGUAAAAAAAAACGUUAGUUUUAACACGUUUUCAUUUAGGUAUUAUCCAUUUCUCAAAAACAAGACGAGGAACCGAACCGAAUCUAAAAAUCUAGAAUGCGUUUCAUGCGAUCGAAAAACUGAUCUAUAAGAUUCGAAUAGAAGGCAAUAAAUUUACGAUAAUUCUAAUUAAAACCAAAAUGCUUACGUUUAGAUAUUUCUCAAGAGGGAAGAAGAAGGGUAUGGGCACGAUCAUGUCUUAAUUUCUCUCGACAUAUCCAUUUAUCAAAAUCACAAAUAUCCAUUUAUCAUUGCACGAAUCACAAAGUGCAUAGAACUCGUAGACGUAUUUUCCUAAUGGUGCUACAACUGGCACAACAUAAAUAAGCCUCGUUAGCAUAACGAUAAUGUACAUUGGCAAUAUUUUCAAGACAAUUCAUUCUCAGCAUCGCAGUUCAUCAGACUGUACUGCCGUCGUUGAACAGCAAUAUCGCAUUAAGAGACGUUUUAACGAAAGGAUAACGUUGCGAUACGUAGACUACUUUUAACGAUAUUAGGCGCUUCGUUACGUCAACAGAAAUGCAAACGGCAAUUCUUUACACCUCGGCCGUUAUAUUUUAUUAAGAUUAAUUUUUUAUUUUUAUUAAGAUCGUUUCAUCGGUUUAACAAUAAUAUAUACCUACCGAGUGAACGUUCUCGCGUAAAAAAAAAAACGCACGUGUCGGCCGUAAAAUAUAACGAAGAAUGUGUUUUCUUUUCUUCAUCGACAAGUCAGAAAAUGACGACCCGUAGUUGGAUUAAAUUAAAAGCCGACGAUCUUGAAGAAGAUCGUCGUUUUGUCUAGUGACAUUACGACGGUAAUAAGAAAGAGCUUGCCUCUCCUGUCGCGUCGCGUCUUUCUCUCGAUCUCCUAAUUUAGAAAGAUCUCAUAGUUUAUUCUGAUCUGUACGACCGUUUUCUCGCGCGGAUUAUACACGUAAGUACUUGCGACGUAUAUAAAUGCGUAGUGACCGUCUAAGCGAUACGCCCUUAUGCAUUUAUACACACAUUGACAUUUCUUUAGAUCCCUUCCAUUUAUUUUAUUAUUUCAAUUCGAGUAAUAGAAGAAAGUUAGAAAUUUCUCCUAUCGGCCGACUCUCUUCGUCUUCGUCUUCGUCUUUAAUACCUUCGACAAAUAUGAAAUUAUAUCGUCGCUAAUCCAAUCGCAUAGAAGCUUGUGUCUCUUUCUUAUUAUUAGGAUCGAUUGUCAUUCGCGACAAACGUCGUGUCGAUGUCUUCUCUCUUCGCAACGUGCUAUGUACAUACAAGUCUGACUCUUAAUUAUAAGAAAUAAUCAUUAUACUUCUACAGUGAUAUAUCGAUGCACGAAACAUUCCAUCGUCGUCGUAAUAUCAUCGUCUAAGAAAAGACAGCAUAUUGAUGCUUACGAAAACAAUUAGGAACUAUUACUCUUUGUUACAAAAAAUGCAAACUUGGAACGUAAUCACAGGCUGCGUUGUAUCGUACACUAUCAUCAAACGAAAUCACGAAGGCGUUUAUUACAAGCGAGACGACGAGAACGUUUACGUGCUCCUAUCGACUUUCCAUUUAAAUCUUACGCGAGCACGCUAUAAAUCACGCUUUCUCACCUUCAUAUUUUUCUUACAAUUUUUUUCUUUGCGAUCCAUAACAUCGCGUCAAAAUCUUAAACGCAGCGUAUCGCGACGGAUCCUCGAAAUCGCGCGUGUAAUCGACGCCUAAAAAAGUUACACGCUUCUUAAGGAUCUCACCGUGAGAUAAAAAAAGAAGCCAAAAAGAGAAAUAGAGAAAAGAAAGGAUUAGAAAUUACGAGACCGGAUCGAUUAGAUAUCGUUCGGAAAUUGAGAAUUCUAAGUCUAUAAAUAUAUUUAAUUAAACGAUGAAAAGAUAGGAGCGGGGAGAGAGAGAGGGGGAGAGAGAGAGAGAGUAAGAAAAAACAAAUGAAUAAAUACAGAAAUAAAUGAUUGAAUAUAUAUAUAUAUAUAUAUAUACAUAAAUAUAUAUAUUGAAAAUGCGGAGAUAUAAAUACUACGAAAAUAAUAAGCAGAAUUAUAGAGGGUGAUGCAACGUGAAUGGCGACAGGUAUAUCCAUCAGUAUUUACACAAUAAUCGAGAUUAUUAUUAUCAUUGCGUUUAGAUAAAUAUUAUUGACCUGACGUUUACGAUUUUACUUGGAUUUAAGAUUUCUAUGAUAAAUGGCACGCGCGCGCGCACUCACACACACAAAGAGAGAGAGAGAGACGCGCAUACAUACACGCGCGCGCGUUAAAGAAAAGAAACGAAUAAAGAAUUAAAAAAAUAGAAAAAAGCAAAAAGAGAAGAAAAGAGAAGGGAAAGAGGAAGAGGAAAGGGCGUGCGCAUAAGCGAAGAACUUGCGUUGUACCUUAUGCUCGCGUAGAGGAAGGUAAAAAAAUUGACAAAAAAGACGACUAUCGUUGAUCGCUAUAUCAAGCCAGUAGUUAUUAUCAAACUAUAGUAGUGUGUCGAUAUAUUAGCGUUGUAAUGCGUUUUUACGCCGGCUUGCGCUCGUCGUUGCGUCAAUCGACCGCUUAUGCGAACCGUUUCACUGAUACGAAAGCAUUACAAAAGCGAUUUACGAAUGAUAUCUGCCGAGGGAUAAAGCGCAUACGAUUCAACGUUAUACGUACGAACGUAGAUGAGAGAAACGAGUACGCGUUGGAUCCUCUAACGACGAACGAUGAACGACGAAAAAUAGAAAACAAAAGUGUCAAUUCUAAGUCGAGAGCGUUCAGCCUUAUCGUUGAAUACGAGGAGCCCCCUUCCAACUUUUUCAUUCCAACGAUUCUCAAAACAAGUUUUUCCUUCUUUCGCUCCUUUCUUCUCUAUCGAGUAUCGCUAUUACAAAGGAAAAGAAAUCUUCUUUUCGUUCGUAAAUCUCUUUCCUCCCUCUUACAUAGCGCGCUCGUUUGUGCGAAAACGACGUCCCUCGUUCGUACGACGUUUUAUUGUUUUCUCAUUGUUAUUUAGAAGCGAGCUUAUAGAAUAACGCCGAUUGCAUCGAGCCAAAAGCACAAGAGGUGUAGGUCUUUCGCGUAAAAAAGACGAGAAAAAAAUAAGAAAAGAAGAAAGAAAAAAAGGAAACGAAAAGUGGGACUUGUAGGACGCGUUACGAUCUCCGAAACGCGAGAGUCAAUGGGUCAAUGAGUAGAGCGGUUAGCCGAUUAUAAAUCAACACUAGAUAUAGUAGAAGGUAACAAUUUCAAAUGGGUAGUACUACCGUUGUUUCGUUAAUUGUUUUUAUAGAUUAUAUUGUGCUGUGAUCGCAUCGCGCGACCCGUGACGAUCAAUAACGAUGCGUAGGAAUUCGAGGAAACUUCUAAUACGAUGGAGAAGCGACGAUACAAGCGGAAGGUAAAUCAAAAUGAAAGAAGGAACUGUCUUGGGGAAUUUUCCUUCUCUUUUUUCCUCGAGACGAGCGAACGUUUCGUUGUUUUCAAACGCCAAACGCAACGCUUUUCGCAUCUUGUAUCCUCGAUCUUAAUAGCAUCUUGGUUUCGUCCCAUCUUAUACCACGUAUGAGAUAAACGGACAAAACGACGAUUGCAUUCGUGUUUAGCUUUGACCGAACUUUAUCGGAACGUAAGAUUCGCUGUCGCUCUUUAUCGACAAUUCGAUGGAAAAGAAAAAAAAAAGAACAAAGAAAAGAUAUAUACAUAUAUGUAUGUGUGCGUGUGUAUUCUAGUCAAUUAAAAAGUGAAUCCCAAAAUAAUAUUUUCCAUCCGCGGAUCUUUAUUCGUCGAGAGAUUACACGUGUUAUACACGUGUAUAAGCCUCUUGUUUCAUUUUCGAUCACGAUCCGCAGCGAUCAGGCACGUCGUCGCGAAAUACGAUCACGCUUAGCCAGGACUAUUUUUCUAAGUUGCAAAGUAUAAUAAAUUAAUGACGUUGCAUUAUCGUUACUAGAGUAUAUUAUAAUGUAUAUUGAUAUUUUAACUAGGCAAGUAAGUAUGAGAUAAUGUUACGAACAUAAUAUACGACUAUAUCAUAAUAAAAAUUAUUAUAUCGUCGUCGUCGUCGUCGUCGUCGUCGUCGUCGUCGUCGUCGUCGUCGUCGUCGUCGUCGUCGUCGUCGUCGUCGUCGUCGUCGUCGUCGUCGUCGUCGUCGCCGCCGUCGUCGUCGUCGUCGUCGUCAUUGUCAUUAUCAUUACUAUUAUUAUUAUUAAUAUUAGUAUUAUGGUUACUAUCAUCAUCGUCAUCAUCAUCGUCAUCGUCAUCGUCGUCAUCAUCAUCAUCACCACCAUCAUCAUCAUCAUCAUCAUCGUCAUCAUCAUCAUCGUCGUUGUCGUCGUCGUCGUCGUCGUCGUCGUCGUCGUCGUCGUCGUCGUCGUCGUCGUCAUCGUCCUUGUCGUCGUCGUCGUCGUCAUCGUCAUUAUUAUUAUUAUCAUUAUUAUUAUCAUCAUCAUCAUCGUCGUCGUCGUCGUCAUCAUUAUUAUUAUCAUCAUUACUUUUAUUAUUAUUAUUAUCAUCAUCAUCAUCAUCAUCAUCAUCAUCAUCAUUAUUAUUAUUAUUAUUAAACGCCGGUUCGCACGUGCGGUCGAUGAGCGUGUAACGCCUGCGGCAAAUGAGCGUGCAACGAGCUGAAUCCACUCGAUAUCUAAUCGAGAUUGAGGUUUAUUUAAGAAAAUAAAAAAUUCUUGGAGGAUCAUAGCAUUGGCCGAUCCACGGUUAUCGAGAAACGACUGCAAACGAUCUUUGAUUCGUACGAUCUUUUGGCGCGAGAGCGAGCGUGAGUCUGCGUGAAUCGUGCGUGCGCGAGAAUGAGAGAGAAUGAACGCAAACCGUGUUAAUGCGAAAUGACGAAUGUAAACGAACGCUUCGAAAGAAAGUGAAAUUAACAAUGUCGUUUCCCGAACCGCGAAUAAUAAAAGAUGAAUUGUUCUGUCAGUCACCUUACCUAUAUUGAAAAAAAAAAAUGUCAUAAUAAUAUGCUGCCAUACGAUAUAAAUAUAUGUCUACACUAAGGAGUAUAUUACUAAAAUAUUACAAAUAAAUAUGUUGUAAGUA